AUGAUCAAGUUGGCUAUAAUGUUGGCGUUGGUGCAUGGUCAAGUGAUUAUGGACAACGUUUACGGCAGCACAUGGGGCCCGGGAGGAGAGGAUCAUCCCAUAUGUAAAACGUGUUCCACGAGUCAAACGUGUGUUAAAUUCACUCCUGGUCCAAAAAAUCCCGACAAAUCUCUUCCAUAUGGGACAGUAAUAUAUCGUUGCGACGACGCCAAUCUAAUCCGUUUUGCAAACAAACAAACCAAACCCUCAGCAUGGGGCGGGUUUAUGGACGGCUACGGCAACGCAUACGAACCGGGAGAAGUGGACGCACCCACGUGUAAAGAGUGUAAGAAGGACAUAACGUGUGUCAAAUUCACUGCUGGUCCAAAUAAUACGAUAUUGGCAGCAGGGACAGUAAGAUAUCGUUGCGACUACGCCGGUCUAAUCCGCUUUGCAAACAAACAAUCCGAUACCGGACUGACCACUGGUCAACUGAUUACGGACGAAGUUUACGGCAACACAUGGGCACCGGGAGCAAUUGUUGCGCUGUUGACCAUAACUCAGUUAACAGGUUUUUCAUACGCGCAACAAAUUACUACAACUCAAGAAUGGUUGGAUGACUGUUUGGAACGAGUCAAUCAGUUACGGGCCGAUCACCAUGCACCUCCAUAUACCAUGGAUUCUCAUCUGGUGAGAUAUGCAAUGUGGAGAUGUCCAAAUGCCGAUGCCGGUCACCUUGAAAACAAUGAUGAAUAUGGUGAGAAUAUAGCCCGGGGCUAUGGCGUCAGACCCGGCCUAAUUCCUAAAGUUGAUUUUAAUUCGUGUUCAGCUGUUAUGAACAAUUGGUAUGCUGAAAAUGUGAAUUACACCUACACACGUCCUAGUCCGAAUAACUUCAGAGAUGUGGGACAUUUCACAGCAUUGGUGUGGAAAAGCACCACUCGAAUCGGAUGCGCUAGAUGCACUGGUGGACGGACGCCGACGGGUGCGAUGCCGGACAGAGUGCCCACAAAGUACAUCACAUUACAACCUCUCAUCGCUUAA